AUGACAGCGCGGACGCUCCAGCUCAAGCUCGCUGCAGUCAUGCAGCAGCAGGUGUACCAGGACUACACGGCCUUGGCCAACUACGCGGCCCCGGACCGGCUGGCUGUGCACGUCCCGCUCGCGCACAAGGUGAACUACGUGCUGCAGCUGUCUCUGCGGCUGGGCUUGCGACUGCCCUCGCAGAAAACUAUGGGAACCAUGACCGCGCUGCUCAUGUACGUGCCAGGCAUGACCGAGCUGGAUCCGCAGGCUGCCCGCAACAUGUGCGUCCACAGGAAGACGCGCUGGAAGGCGGCGCUUGCAGCCGCUGUGCAGCUGCCUCAGCUGCUGACCAGGCUGCCGGAUGCUCCAGCGGACCUGGACGCGGCCGUUCUGGAAGCAGCUGGCUUGCAGGGCCACACCGUGACGGAGGCAUGGGCGACGGCCGUGAGUGCUUUAGCAACACGCGUCCCCUUGCGCAAGAGCCACUCAAGUGUGCGGCGCGCCUUCUCUCCGACCUUGCCGGUGAGCCAUGGCGCGCAGCAAGGCAACGUGGCCAGUAUGGCUGUGCAGCUUCUGCAGCAAGCGCUGCGAGGGAUGCAAGGCGGCCCGCAGCCCUGCAACUUGCAGUUCACGGAGAGGAGGUCGGCUGGCGGGGCGCUUGCGCAGCAGCUGGGCGACCUGUUCGGUGGCAGCAGCGGCAGUGCUGACCGAGAGGUCGUGCAGCAGCAGGCCAGCCCGCAGCUGGCGCUCCCGGCACCUGGGCUUCCCUCGGCUCCUGAGCCUCAAGAGGCGGCUCGCCCGCAGGCGCAGCAGCAGCAGCCGCUGCCGCAGCAGCAGGAACCCAAGGAGGCGCCUGAGGAGAACACUGACGACGUCGUCAACGCCGUGCAGCGUCUCCGUGUCGGCAUGGCCAUGAAGCGGCCAGCCGCGCGGAUGGACAGCCCGGCACGUGCUCCCGCGGCACCGAAGGCCCAGGCAAAGGCGAAAGCCCCGGCAAAGCCUAAGGCGAAGGCCCUGCAGGUAAAGCCUAAGGCGAAGUCCGAGGCAAAGCCUAAGGCGAAGGCCCAGGCAAAGCCUAAGGCGAAGCCCGCUGCGCGGCGGCCGGUCCGGGUGAAGUACAGCAAGACUCCGCCCAAGACGCUCCGGCACAAGUUCCAGGCGGGAUGCGGACGGUGCCGCUACGCGCUGGGAUGCACCCCUUCGUGCUGGAGGCUGAGGGGCUACUAG